CAUUCACAUAAAUCUUAUAACAAAUUCAUUAUCAUAAAUAGGCAACAGUCUCUAGCAGAGUAAUCAACCAAAUUAAAUCUUGAAAAAUAGUUGGAAAAUUACUUAAGAAAUAUGGAGAAAAACAGUCUUUUGGUGAUGGUUUUGGUGUGCCUUGCACUAGCAGUUGGCACUGCAGCACAGAGUGCAAAUAAUGUGAGAGCAACAUACCAUAUCUAUAAUCCACAAAAUUUUGGGUGGAAUUAUUUCACAGCAAGUGUAUAUUGCUCAACAUAUGAUGGCAACAAGCCUUUGGCUUUUCGCAAAAAGUAUGGUUGGACUGCCUUUUGUGGCCCUGUUGGUCCUCGUGGCCAAGAAUCUUGUGGCAAGUGUCUCAGGGUAACAAACAUAGCUACAGGAGCUCAAACAACUGUGAGAAUAGUUGAUCAAUGCAGCAAUGGAGGGUUAGACCUGGAUGUCAACGUAUUUAACCAAAUUGACACCAAUGGUCAAGGUCAUGCUCAAGGUCACCUUCGAGUCAAUUACCAAUUUAUUAACUGCUAAACCAACUAGCUGAAAUAAUCAAUAACUUAUAGCCAAUGAGCCUAUGCUGUUUUUCUUAUGUUUUAGAUAAAUAAGUCACUGGUUGUUGAGGGUUUACUUUGUGAACUUGCUCCAGUAGUCCAAUAUAUGAAUAAAGACCAUUUAUUGGUCUGUUGUCUAA